AGCCCAACACGGCCCUACGCCCUAGCCAAGCCAAGCGCCACACCCGCGCCGGCGCCGCCAUCCCCUGUUGCUCUCCUCCGUCGCCCCUCUCGGCCUACCUGCCCGGAGUCCGCCCUCCGGCGUGCCGCGGCCAAGCUCCAAUCUCCACGCGGCAGACGUCGGCGGCGGCAGCUGCAGUUUCGAGCAUGGAGGAGGAGGAUAGCAACGCGCCGAUCUUGCCCUGCAAGAGGAAGAACAAACCGCAAGGGAAAGGCAAGGAUGGCAAGAAGAACAAGACCAAGGAAGAUGCUAAGAUGAGCAAGAAGACUCAGCUUAAAAAGCUGCAGAAAUUGGAGGUUGGGACUUCUUCUGUUGAUAGCAACGCGCUGAUUUUGCCCUGCAAGAGCAAGAACAAAUCGCAAGGGAAAGGCAAGGAUGGCAAGAAGAAUAAGACCAAGGAAGAUGCUAAGAUGAGCAAGACUCAGCUGAAAAAGCUGCAGAAAUUGGAGGAGGACAAACAGAAGAAGGCGAUGCAAGCUCAAAGCAUCGAGACUUUGCAGAAGCACAGGAUCGCUGAUGAGGCAUACUCACUGCUGCACACUUCAGGGUCUAUUGGUCAAGCUGCGACUAUGAAAGAAAAACGUAGGCGCGCCAUGCAGUUAUCCAAGGCUGGUUUAGAUGUCCCUGAAGAACUUUCGCUAUUCAAGAAAAACUCUGAUCAGAAAGGAGUUCCAGUUCCUGAAAACAGUGAAGCUGCGCCGGAAGCUUGCCCAGUGAAGUUAGUUCAGGCCGCGAAACUUUGUCAUCCUGGUAGUGAACGAAAGAAUCAUGAGAGUGACGCAGUGAAGCCUAACAUUGGUAUUGGUGUGAGCAUUCUGGAUCAGAAAACUGAAGAGACUAAUGAUGACGCUGACAUUUUGGCACAUCAGAGCAUUCUGAAACAAAAAACUGAAAAGACUAAUGAUGAUGAUGACAUUUUGGUACAUCCGAAAGUGCGUUCAUCUGUGCCAAGUUGCUCUGGUGUAGAGAUUGAUAUGCAGGAUAAAGAGCCACAACAAGGUGAAGCCGCUGUACAGGAGUGCUUCAAUUCUCCCAUUGUUGUGCAUGUGUCAAGACCACAUGAGGUUGAGAAGGCGAGGAGGGAUCUCCCAAUAAUAAUGAUGGAGCAGGAAAUAAUGGAAGCUAUCUAUGAAAAUUCAGUGGUAAUUCUGUGCGGAGAAACGGGCUGUGGUAAAACUACCCAGGUCCCUCAGUUCUUAUAUGAAGCCGGCUUUGGCACAAGCAAUCGAGCUGAUAGAAAAGGGAUGAUUGGUAUCACCCAGCCACGGCGUGUUGCUGUUCUUGCCACAUCCAAGAGGGUAUCUUAUGAGUUAGGACUUAAGCUAGGAAAGGAGGUUGGUUUUCAAGUUAGACAUGACAAAAAGGUGGGAAAUAAUUGCUCCAUCAAGUUCAUGACAGAUGGCAUUUUGCUACGAGAGGUCCAGAGUGACUUUCUGUUGAAGCACUAUUCGGUGAUCAUCUUGGACGAGGCACAUGAAAGGAGUUUGAACACAGAUAUACUUAUUGGGAUGCUUUCUAGAGUUAUAAAGGCACGCAAGUUUGUGUACGCAGACCAACAGAAACAAAUACGCUCUGGGAUGAAGAUUGACCCGGCAGAUAUGGUUAGUCAGUUGAAAGUGGUCCUGAUGAGUGCUACCUUGCAAUUAAAAGACUUUAUUUCAAACAGAAGAUUGUUUGAUGUGAUUCCACCAGCUGUAGAGGUGCCUACACGACAAUUUCCAGUAACAGUUCACUUCGCAAAGAGGACACAUGACGAUUAUUUAGCGCAAGCUUAUAAGAAAGUUCUGUCGAUCCACAAGAGUCUACCACCAGGUGGAAUCCUUGUAUUUGUUACUGGACAACGAGAAGUGGAUUAUUUAUGUAAGAAAUUGCAAAGAGCAUCCAAGCGGCAAAGUGGUAAGAAGCCUGAAAUGGUUGGAGAUGAGGAUGGUUCAAGACCAGAAAUAGAAGAGAAGGAAAUUUUUGAAGCAUAUGAUAUUGAUAGAACUGAACCUGAGCACCAAGAUGACAUAUUUUCCUCAUAUGGUGAAGAUGAAACGGAUGAUGAGGUAAAUGUCGCUUCUUCUGAUGCUGAAACAGAGAGUGAGAUGGAUACUGACAGUGAUGAGGAGGAUUCUGUUGCACAUGAAACCGCAGAAGAAGAUGGGCCAGUGUUAUCAUUUUUAAAAGGUGCUGAGAGUUCAUCUGUACUGAAGGCAUCCUUUAAAGCUAUAUCAGGACAACCAGAAACUGCUGAGGAAGCGAGCAAUGCUACAAUUGCAGAAAAGUCAGGUCCUUCUGCUUCGCGUGCUAGGCUCCGUGUUUUACCACUUUAUGCAAUGCUACCAGCUUCGCAGCAGCUUAGAGUAUUCCACGGUAUUCCCGAAGGGGAAAGAUUAGUUGUUGUGGCAACUAAUGUUGCAGAAACAUCUUUAACAAUUCCUGGCAUAACAUAUGUGGUCGAUACUGGAAAAGAAAAGGUUAAGAACUAUGACCAUGCUACUGGGAUGGCAAGUUAUGAAGUACAGUGGAUAAGCAAGGCAUCAGCAUCCCAACGUGCUGGGAGAGCUGGAAGAACUGGGCCUGGGCACUGUUACCGUCUCUACUCAGGUGCAGCAUACAGUAAAGAUGAUUUAUUUCCUGAAUUCACUGAGCCGGAGAUCAAGAAAAUGCCAGUUGAAGGCAUUGUGCUUAUGCUCAAGUCUAUGAAUAUUGAUAAGGUUGAAAACUUUCCUUUCCCUACGCCUCCUAACAAGGAAAGUUUGGUUGAAGCUCAGCGUUGCUUGAAGAUAUUGGAAGCAGUUGAUAACCAAGAAAAACUUACAUCAAUGGGAAAGGCUAUGGCACAAUACCCAAUGAGCCCACGACAUUCUCGUCUUCUUUUGACAAUAAUUAAAAUGUUGAAGAGUCAGGAAGGACGUGCUAGAUCUAACCUCAUAUUGGGAUAUGCAACUGCUGCUGCAUCAGCUUUAAGUUAUACCAAUCCUUUUCAAGUUCAGAGCAACACUGAUAGAGAAACAAAUGAAGAUGGCCCUGAUCCAGAACAUAAGGAUCGACAUGAAAGGAAGAGUCAGAAGAAGCUCAAAGCCAUGGUUCGAGAAGCACGGAAAGAUUUUUCCAUCCCUAGCAGUGAUGCUUUAACCAUUUCCCAUGCUUUACGGUCAUUUGAGUGUUCUAAAAACCGAGUUGAGUUCUGCAGAGACUACUCGCUUCACCUGAAAACAAUGGAAGAGAUGUCAAAAUUGAGAAAGCAGCUUCUUCGAUUAAUAUUUAACUAUAGCAAAUUUUGUGAUGAAUUUGCUUGGAAUUUUGGAGGCUCUCAAGAUGUUGAACAUGCCUGGGGGAGUGAAACCAACAAAAAGCCAAUGCUGAAUGAAGAGGAAAUUCUGGGGCAAGGAAUAUGUGCUGGGUGGGCUGAUAGGGUUGCAAAGAAGAUCAACACUUUCUCUGGAUUGUCAAAAGAGGAUCGAAAGGUUCGAGCUGCACGUUAUCAAUCUUGCGCUCUCAAUGAUAUAAUAUAUCUAAACCGAUCAUCUUCUGUUGCCCAAAUUCCACCAGACUAUGUAGUUUACUCUGAACUACUAAAUACAAAGAGAUCAUACAUGUAUGGUGUGACCAGUGUAAAGCCAGGAUGGCUUUUGAAAUAUGCUAGUUCUCUCUGCACCUUCUCAGCACCGCUGGAGGAUCCAAAGCCCUACUAUGAGCCUCAGAAUGACCAGGUCUACUGCUAUGUCAGUCCCAUCUUUUCUCGACAUAAUUGGCAGCUUCCACUGCACAGUUUACCCAUCAAAGAUGCCACCCGUCGGGUGCAGAUAUUUGCAUGGGCAUUGCUUAAAGGGGAUGUCUUGCCAUGUCUAAGGGUGGUUCAAAAGUUCCUGGCUCUGUCACCAUCUGUUGUCCUGGGGCCUGCCAGCCAAAGAAGAGUUGGAGAUCUUCUUAGCAGGAUGAGUAAAAAGACAAUAUAUAGCCGGGCAGCAUUAAGAGAUGCAUGGAAUACUGACCCAGAUUAUCUUUAUCCCGAGAUUCAGGCGUGGAUCCAGGAUAAAUAUCAGAGCCAGCUUGGAGCAAUAUGGGAACAAAUGCACCAAGAAGUUCGCCUCGAGGGGCGCGAACUUUUCCCGAAGAGGUUCAAGAAAGUUAAAGGGUAAUCAAUUAGAACAGAUUGUGUUGUAAUUGCUUGACUGAUGGAAGCUGAUUUGUGGUGGGAGCUUUCAUGAGAUGGAUGAUGCUCUGACAACGGGAAACAUUUGGACUACAGGUGGACAGAAGAAGAUUUUCUCAAAGUCUUCCCGUCCUUACAAUUGCAGAGAACUUCUCUGCAUGCACCUAUACCUGUCUGUCCUCAACUGAAUCGCAAACAUAAACAGAAGCAGUGACUGGCCAAGGACAGGGGAUUGCUUUAGGGUGUUUUGUUUUUUAUUUAACAUAUUCAGCAUAUAUAAGUAGAAAGAAGAUUUUCAUGUCUGGUGCGUAAUUUAUAGGUAGUGGAUGGUUGGAGCUUCCGCGAAGCAUCUGAUCCCUCUGUUAACGACCGUUUCCUGUGAUGAUGCACUCGAUCCUAGCCUUUUAAGGUAUCAUCUACCAUUGUAUGCGCUGGUCAGUGGCCACUCCA